AUGGAGGCGACCGAUGUCCCAAACAAAAGUUACGUUAGGCUAGGUUACGUCAACGCCAGAUUACGCCGAAGACGAUCUAUCUCCCGCACUCCCCGUACUCCCGUGAGUACGAACUGCACGACGACGACAAACACGCGCGCACCGACUAUUCACUGUGUCCUCGCGCCGACUGGGAACAGUACCGAACAUUCAAUGGCGUCCGAUAUCCUUUUAAACGAUCAUCGAACUCGAGUGGCCGGAAAAGAAAACAACUGGCGAUCGAAAGCACGAGCUCGAAUAAUCAUCUGGCAAAAGUCGAAUCGUUACCCGAUUUCAAGAUGGAGCGCACGUCGAGCGCGAAUCGAAACGAGAAAAAAAAAACGUAGAGGACAACGUGGUACGACUCGCGUGGCAACCGCUCCCGUAAGUACGCACACACGCAUACACCGAAAGGAGAAGGUGCCGAGAGAGGGCGACACAGCACCCUCACCGAUGCGCGGUUCGAGUGCGACUGAGCGAGUCGAGGCAAGCUCGUCGAGCCGAAAGCCACAAGCCGCGUCAGCCGACCGGCGGCGACGGACCAAUCAGGGUUGUCCUCUGCGCAACUACCCGACACCCAAGAAUUGA